AGAUCCACCAUGUUGAUGCAUAAGUUUUUUUCAACACUGUUUAUUCUUGUCAACUCUCGUCCUCUCCUCAAAAUUCAUCGCUCUCACUCUCCCUCGCUUCGGCUCUCUCUCAAUAUCUUAUCGUUUUCCGAUAAGAUAUCCUCCCGCCCCAAGAAAAGAGUAACUCAACAUUAGUUGGACAAAUCAAAGAUGAUUUGACGAAAAUUUCAAAACUUUAUAAAUGCAAUGAUUAAACAUAAAAUGUUUUCAGUUUGGUUCGGAUAUUCGUCGGUGGAGGUGGUGGUGUUGAGAAAAAAACAUUAUGGCAAUCUUCAUGAUAUUAUUAUAUAUUCUCUUGGCCCUCAUAGCCUAUGUGGUGAUAUCGUUUCGCAAACGUUCAAGUUAUUGGAAAAGUCAGGGAAUAACCAAUGAGGAGCCCCAUCCCCUGCUGGGUAAUAUGGUGGGUUUGGGUAAAAGCAAAAGUUUCGGCGAUGUCUGGCAGGAAUACUAUGAAAAGUUCAAGGGCAGCGGUCCCUUUUUGGGUUUCUAUUUUUUCCACCGACCAUCGGCUUUUCUAUUGGAUCCGGCUUUAAUUAAAAAUGUGCUGAUUAAGGAUUUUAAUAAAUUUACCGAUCGUGGGUUCUUCCACAAUCCCAAGGAUGACCCGUUGUCGGGACAGCUGUUCCUGAUCGAUGGCAACAAGUGGAGGCGUAUGAGGAAUAAGUUAUCACCCACCUUUACCUCGGGUAAAAUGCGGUUUAUGUUUCCCAUUGUCACCCAGAUUUGUGAGGAAUUUGUGGAGGUUUUGGCAAAGGCGGCGGAAGAAAAUCCCGUUGUGGAAAUGCGUGAAAUGUUGGCCCGUUUCACCACCGAUGUGAUAGGGUCCUGUGCCUUUGGCAUUGAAUGCAAUAGCCUGAAAAAUCCCAAUGCCAUAUUUCGGGUAUAUGGGCGCAAGGGCCUGGAGGAGCAACGUCACGGCCGUUUGGUUAUGGCCUUCAUGAAUAGUUUUCCCGAAUUGUCCAAAGCAUUGAAAAUGAAACUCUUCCCCGAGGAUGUCAUCCAGUUCUUUUUGCGUAUAGUCCGGGAGACAGUGGAAUAUCGAGAGAAGAAUAAUGUGAGGAGAAAUGAUUUCAUGGAUAUGUUAAUCGAUUUGAAGAACAAGAAGUUAAUUAAGUCGGAACAUGGUGAUGAUUUGACAAAUUUAACGAUGGAAGAGAUAACGGCCCAGGCUCAUGUUUUCUUCAAUGCCGGCUUUGAAACCUCCUCGACGACAAUGGGUUUUGCCCUCUAUGAAUUGGCCCAGAAUCAGGAAAUGCAGGAUCGGGUGCGUCAGGAGAUUCGUGAUAUGUAUGAAAAAUGGGAGAAUAAAUUUUCGUAUGAAAGUAUGAAGGAUAUGCCUUAUUUGGAGCAAAUUAUUGCAGAAACCCUUCGCAUGUACACCGUCGUUCCCGUGCUCAAUCGCCAAGCCCUCGAGGACUAUGUGGUGCCGGGGAACCCCAAAUACGUGAUCAAAAAAGGCAUGCCGGUUCUCAUUCCCGUUGUGGGCAUUCAUCACGAUGAACGUUACUACCCCGAGCCGCAUAAAUUUAAUCCCGACAACUUUGCCCCCGAAUUGGUGGCUCAACGUGAUUCCAUUCUUUAUAUGCCCUUUGGCGAGGGGCCACGUAACUGUAUUGGUAUGCGUUUCGGCAAAAUGCAGACUACAGUUGGUCUGGCGAUGUUAUUGAAAAAUUUCAAAUUUUCUGUAUGCUCGGAAACUCAAAUUCCGCUGCAGUAUGAUAAGAAGAGUUUCCUGAUUAGCUCGGAGAGGGGUAUAACGCUCAGGGUGACGAGGAUUUGAGUAGAGACGUUUCAAGUCAUACCCCUGUCAGUAACAUGAUAUCGAUAAUUUGCCAGCAAUAAUCACUCUUUAUUAGUCGUUUAGUUAAUAGUGACGUCACAACCAGUUUGCUGUGUAAUGCCAUGUUCGACAACUGCAACAACAACACCAAAAAUUUCAAUACUGUUCUAGCUAUAAAUAUCAAUAACCAAAGAUAAUUAUAGGUUUCCGUAUUUCCUCUAAGAUUUUAAUAUUUUUAGACAAUGUAUGAACGUUUUUUUUUUCACAUAACAAUAAAAAAAUACAACAACAAAGACAAUAAUAAUUGUUUAUAAACAA